CCGGCUGCCGCGAGGCCUGCACUUUGCAGGGCUGAAGUCCAAAGUUCAGUGCCUUCGCUAACCACACGGAUAAAUAUGAACCUUGGAGAAUUUCCCCAGCUCCAAUGUAAACAGCAGGCAGGGGCCCUGAUUCACUGGCCGCUGGGGCCAGGGUUGGGGGUUGGGGGUGCCCACAGGGCCUGGCUACUGGGGUUUGGGGGGGCUGUGGGUGCCAGGAGCCUGGCCUGUGUCUGCUGCCCGGCGGGCAAGUAGAGGCCCCGCGCGGUGGGGGAGGCGGCCGGUUCGGUGGCCCCGGGCCGCGUGGCCCCGUGGCUGGUGGAGCCAUGGUUUCUAAGCUGAGCCAGCUACAGACGGAGCUGCUGGCGGCCUUGCUUGAGUCCGGCCUGAGCAAAGAGGCGCUGAUCCAGGCCUUGGGAGAGCCGGGGCCCUACCUGCUGGCCAGCGAUGGCCCCCUGGACAAGGGGGAGCCCUGCGGCGGCGGCCGGGCUGAGCUGGCGGAGCUGCCCAACGGGCUGGCGGAGCCGCGGGGCUCCGAGGAUGAGACAGAUGACGACGGGGAGGACUUCACGCCGCCCAUCCUCAAGGAGCUGGAGAACCUGAGCCCGGAGGAGGCGGCCCACCAGAAGGCCGUGGUGGAGACCCUGCUGCAGGAGGACCCGUGGCGCGUGGCCAAGAUGGUCAAGUCGUACCUGCAGCAGCACAACAUCCCGCAGCGCGAGGUGGUCGACACCACCGGCCUCAACCAGUCCCACCUGUCCCAGCACCUCAACAAAGGCACCCCCAUGAAGACGCAGAAGCGCGCUGCCCUGUACACCUGGUACGUCCGCAAGCAGCGAGAGGUGGCCCAGCAGUUCACCCACGCAGGACAGGGCGGGCUGGCUGAGGAGCCCACAGGCGAUGAGCUGCCCACCAAGAAGGGGAGGAGGAACCGCUUCAAGUGGGGCCCAGCGUCCCAGCAGAUCCUGUUCCAGGCCUACGAGAGGCAGAAGAAUCCUAGCAAGGAGGAGCGGGAGACGCUGGUGGAGGAGUGCAACAGGGCGGAGUGCAUCCAGAGGGGGGUGUCCCCCUCGCAAGCACAGGGGCUGGGCUCCAACCUCGUCACAGAGGUGCGCGUCUACAACUGGUUUGCCAACCGGCGCAAAGAAGAAGCCUUCCGGCACAAGCUGGCCAUGGACACCUACAGUGGGCCUCCGCCGGGGCCCGGCCCAGGACCUGCACUGCCCGCCCACAGCUCGCCCGGCCUGCCCCCCGCUGCGCUCUCCCCCAGCAAGGUCCACGGUGUGCGCUAUGGACAGCCGGCAACCAGCGAGGCGACAGAGGUGCCCUCCAGCAGCGGAGGGCCCUUGGUGACGGUGUCUACACCCCUGCACCCAGUGUCCCCCACGGGCCUCGAGCCCAGCCACAGCCUGCUGAGCGCUGAAGCCAAGCUGGUCUCAGCAACCGGGGGCUCUCUGCCCCCUGUCAGCACCCUGACAGCACUGCACAGCCUGGAGCAGACAUCCCCAGGCCUCAACCAGCAGCCCCAGAACCUCAUCAUGGCCUCCCUGCCCGGGGUCAUGACCAUAGGGCCUGGGGAGCCUGCCUCCCUGGGCCCCACAUUCACCAACACGGGCGCCUCCACACUGGUCAUCGGCCUGGCCUCCACUCAGGCGCAGAGCGUGCCGGUCAUCAACAGCAUGGGCAGCAGCCUGACCACACUGCAGCCUGUCCAGUUCUCCCAGCCGCUGCACCCCUCCUACCAGCAGCCACUCAUGCCGCCCGUGCAGAGCCACGUGGCCCAGAGCCCCUUCAUGGCCACCAUGGCCCAGCUGCAGAGCCCCCACGCCCUCUACAGCCACAAGCCCGAGGUGGCUCAGUACACGCACACAGGCCUGCUGCCCCAGACCAUGCUCAUCACCGACACCACCAACCUGAGCGCCCUGGCCAGCCUCACGCCCACCAAGCAGGUCUUCGCCUCCGACGCCGAGGCCUCCAGUGAGUCCGGGCUGCACGCGCCGGCGUCCCCGGCCACCACCAUCCACAUCCCCAGCCAGGACCCUGCUGGCAUCCAGCACCUGCAGCCUGCCCACCGGCUCAGCACCAGCCCCACAGUGUCCUCCAGCAGCCUGGUGCUGUACCAGAGUUCCGACUCCGCCAACGGCCACAGCCACCUGCUGCCCUCCAGCCACGGUGUCAUCGAGACCUUCAUCUCCACGCAGAUGGCCUCUUCCUCCCAGUAA